GUGGACCCAAGCCAGUCUUCAAAUCCUCUGAAACGCAUCGCCUGGCCGGCAAGAUAUUGCUUCAAAAGGACCAGAGCCGCGUCAUCGACAUAUUUUGAAGGAGUUAAUAGCCCUAUCAAGGAUAGCGACGAUCCGUUGCAAUUCGCAGAGGAUUGGCUAGCUGAAGCUGGCUCUAGGAAUGAAAAGCUUGCGUCCCGGAGUUCCGCGUUGUCCCAAGCUCAGCAGAAUAAAGACAUGUCCACGCCUAAGACAGAUAUUCCAGAUAAUAUCGAGAGUCUGGCUCGAAUAGCCCAGUAUCCUGAUCUUCAAGCCGCGAGUCUCGUGUAUCCGACGCCACCGGACGGUGCUCUGGUCCAAGGCAUGAUCCAUAUUGGCUCUGACAUGUUUGGCACGGAAGGGUCUGACUUGGCGGCGUCUCAGACGCCAGGUGAAAGGCUACCUGUGAAACGGGAGGAACAGACCUCAGAUGUGAUCGUUAGCGGUUUUGGCCCAUCCAACGGGCUUGGAGUCGGGUCAGGCAUGUACGACACGAAUGAUGAUGAGGAUUUGUUUGGUGAAAUGAAUGAAAAGGACUUUGGGUCAAAAGGCAUCAGUGAUGCCGAUUUUAGCUUCUUCGACGAACCAGACUUUGGGUCCCUGGAUAACGAUAGAGCAAAGGGAGACACCCAGGAACACCAACAGACCUCUUCAUUGUCACAAGUACCUGAGGCGAAGGCCGCUCCAGAAGAUAUCCCGGCUGAGAAAUCACUCGAAAGCCAAGGGAUAUCCGUAGAACCUGCUGAAACAGAUAUCGGAGCCGUGGCUGCACCAAAGUCCAACUUGACUGUCGAUACCUCUGUCAAAGCACCAUCCGGGCCGCAGGAGACACUGCCUGAAGAUCGGCCGCCGAGUCGUUCGAGGCAGACCAUAAGCCCGCCCCUGAGUCCUGUGGAGAUCAAGAAGAUAUUAUUCUCGAAUCCACAGUCCGGUCAACCAGGGCGGGGAGAAGGUUCUGGCAACCCGACCAUAGACAAAAAUGCUCGCAGACAGAGCAAUUACGAUCCCGUCGCCUUUCAACAGGACCUGGCCAUGUCAGAUCGCAAAUACGGAGCCAAUGGUCGGUUUUUCUUCUCAGAAAAGACAAACGCGGCCACAGCAGCGACGCGAGAAGACACGCAGAUACCUACCGUUGGAUUCCCACGAGGACAAAAGUCACGGUCUGAAAAUCAUAUCGACCAUAGAGCCACUGGUUCCCAGCAGCAAACCCCAAUCCACUCAACACAACCCCGGUUACGUUCCCCAUCUGUUUCUAGUGAUGAAACCACCGAUGACACGAGUGAUGAUAUUUCACAAAGGGCAGCAUCACCGACCAGAUUCACUGGUCUUAAGAGGAAGCGGCCGGCUUCACAAGCUGACAAUUCGACCACCUCUUCAUCAGAAGGGCUCUCUACUGCCCCUGAUGUGGAUGUGACAACAUCGAAGGAGGAAAACUCCGUCUUCCUAGGGAAUUUUCUGUCAGCCUUCUCCGACUGGUCUUUGGCAGGGUAUUUUUCAACAAGGCAGAACCAGUUUUCGCCAGUGCUUUUACGCAAGGAGGAUCAAAUCCAGCUGGCACAGCUCAUGGUCGAUCAGGUCACUCAGUCAUCUCUCUGCCACAAGGUUGACGGGUGCAUGGGUCUUCCGGAUCUCGAACAUGACGCGCUUUCGCUUCGGACGUUCCUGGAAGAUACGACUAUUAUGGGCGAUAUAGAAAGACUCGAUUUGAAAACGUACGUUUCUCUGCAGGACAGUUCACAUAUCGCUGCAAACGAGAGCUCGCGGCAGAAUACACAACGGAAAGAUAUCAAGGGCUCGAUAACGAAACUGCCGCCGCCGCAUUUACGCAUUCAUCGUGGAAGAGACUUCCUGGAAGUCCUCCCUCCAGCGAUAUCCUUCUGGGAAACCUUUGGGUUCGAACCAGCAAAUGGGACGAAAAACAUCUCAGCAUACUGCAUUUAUCCCCAAAAUGCGAAAGAGGGGGCAGAUGCUUUCCUGGACCGCCUGGGGUUUCUCUAUUCGAGCUGCAACUUAGGGAAACACGUCCGAGGGGACAGAUCGAAGACUUUUGAGAACGGACUGGGGGCGUGGCACGUCACAUUGGGCGGAAACUCUGGUUAUCUGUCAACGAUGCAGUCAUUGAGAACUCUGUGUGAGGGGCUAGGGACUGCGUUGUCGAAAGCUCCGCCUGUCAGAGACAACUUUGUCAUCUACAUAAUCAACCCGUUCACACACGGUGCUGCGCUUGCGGAUAUCUGCUCGGCAUUUUUGCAACUUUUCCAGAAAUAUGUUGGAGACGUCGACCGGCAUCAGGCCAGGCAACAGCUGAAUGAGCUUGUUCUUCAGGUCGUACCUAUGAGCUUCAUCUCUUCUCCAUCUUCACUUGUUGUUCCCACUCAGACCGAAUACCUGAACUUGGCACUGGAGGUUUAUAAUCGGUGCCCUCCCAAAGAUACGAGCUCUGGUGUCAUGGGAUGUGCACCGCCAGUGCUAUUGGCCGAAUCUGUCCCCAAAUCAAUCAACUUUAGACUCGCCCCGGAGCGAACAUCGCCUUUUCAAGAGGGGAAAUGUCUGCAUCUAGCACUUUCACGGAGUCUCGACCAGCGCUGGAUCAGCGCUGCUUGGUCAGACGGUUCAGGUUCUUGUCAAGUGACGCUGUCGUACUGUCUCCGCACAAGAGGAUCAAGCAUUAGUCGAAUGGUCUCCGACGUAAGACAUGAGAUUUGGGAGACUACUAAGGACAUUAUGGAGAGGACACAGACUCGGUGGAAGAUUUUCCUGGUUAGGACAGAACCGACAGAUCAGGAAGAUAUUGACGCAUGGACGGGUCUUGUUGAACGAUAUAACCAGAUGAGAUCUAUGCCCGUCGAGCUGACGAUACUCAGCGUCAAUAUCGCUCCCGGUCUCCGUCUAGAGCUCCCAUCGUCCCAAAUACAGUUGAAUACCAUGAAUUCUCAGACGUCCUCGACACCUGUCACCACUCCUCACGCGGGAAUGCCUUCGCCCGACCAGUUCGGUGGGAGUGCCGCAACACCCACCAGUAGUAGUCAGGGGCCCGCCAAUGCGCCAACACCGACGGAUAUAUCCUCCAUCAUGGAGCCAGAAUCCGACGCUGUCCUUAUUGAUGCAGCCGAUGAAUCCUGGGGGAUCAUUUUAUCGCACCGUCUCAGCAACUCGCUGUUCAUGACGGAAUACCGCCCAGCGCUGGCGAGCGGUUAUCUGCUGCGGCGCAAGGGCGUGAGCGAAAGCCAAGGGGUGGUUGCGAUGGGCGUGAAUCUGGUCUAUACGCAGAGGCCGCCUGCGUCGUACGAGACUGUCCUCCGGGAAACACUGGGCAUGUAUCGUGACCUGGCGACGCUGGCGCGAGCGAAGGGCACACUGCACGUGCAACGGAAUACGUUGCCAUGGCACAUCGCGACGGCUGUCAAGGGACAGGAAUUGUUGAGUUAUAUCCUUUGA